AUGAAUAAAGCCCCUCAAAUGUAUCCAUUUGUAUGUUCUGUAUUUAAGAAAUUCAUGGAGGGUGGUGGAUUCGAUACUUUGGUGUUAAGUGAGAUGAAAAUCACACAAGCGACCAAUGGGAAAGUAAUUAGUGAACUUGCUAUUGAAAAGAAACAUUUAAAUCGCCUCGACGGAUUGCAUGGCGGAGUAACUUCAACCAUAGUAGACUUGGGUGGAUCUUUAGCUAUCGCCUCGAAAGGGCUCUAUGCGACAGGUGUAAGCACCGAUUUGAAUGUUACCUUUGUCAACUCUGCUAAGCUGGGAGAUAUAAUAGUAAUGGAGGCUAGUUGCGUAAAAAUAGGAAAGACACUCGCUUUCACCGAGAUCAAUAUACGCAACAAAGAGAGUGGAAACCUGAUCGCACAAGGGAGACAUACGAAAUUUAUUGCUCUUGCUCAUAAAGAUCCAAAGAAUAUUAUCGGACAAAUGGAGGAUGGAAAUAACUCCAAAGUUUAG